UUAUAAUAAUUAUUUCAGAAAGGUUGUUUGUCUGAUGCUUUACCACAAAGUCCAAUAAUGAUAACAGAUACAAAAAAAUUGGGUGAUCCUUUAACAUUUAGAAGUGUGUCUUGUAAUGAUAUUGUAUCAGUUAAUAAAAAUCCUAACAUUCCAAAUGGUUUUGAUAAAAAUUGCAACAAUCACGUAAUAUCUUCAACGACAUCCAUAUCAAGUAUUCCUAUGGUAUAUAACAAGCCAGGUAUAAUACUUGCUAGGUCUUCAGAAUUACUUUCAAGAAAUGUUAAACUUGAAGGGAAUAAGGAAUCUUUUAAACCAUGGAGCUCUUUAUGCGCUAUGUCAUUUUCCAAUACUACAAUAUCAGUAGAAGUCCAUCCAUUUUCUGGUUCAUUAACUAGUCAAUUACAAUGCAGCUGCUGUAAAUGGAAGUCUGCAGUUCAUUAUGACAAACUAGAAACAAUUUCUUUACCUUUACCACCUUUGGGUACAUAUAUAAAAUCAUAUCAUACAGUGGAAGAAUUAUUAACACGUUUUGUAACUAGUGAGAUUGUUCAAGAUGUAUUAUGCGAUGGAUGUGGAAUGCGUUGUUUAGCUACUAAAACUCUAACUCUAGGAAAACUUCCUAAAUGUUUAUGUUUACAUAUAUCAAGAACGACAUGGAGCUCUUCAGGAAUACCAAUUAAAAGAGAUGAUCCAGUAAAAUUUCCCGAAAUAUUAAUUUUAGAUCCUUAUACUUUUACAGAAACUAAAAAGCGAAAUGCACAGGGUGAUCCCGAAGCAACAAUGUUACUUAGUCGAACAACUAUACAAGAUAAACAUAAAUAUCAAUUACGUGCAAUCGUAGAACAUCGUGGACCUGUUGAUUCUGGACAUUUUGUUUGCUAUCGACGAGGAAAUAAAAUCAAUCAAUGGCUAUAUACUUCAGAUAAUGUAGUUGAGAGCAUAUCCUUAAUUGAGGUUUUAUGUGCCACACCAUAUCUUCUCUUUUACGAGCGUAUUAAUAGCAUAUAAGAAUAGUUAGUAAUCAAUUUUAGUAAUUGCAGUAAAUUUAGAAAUAUCUGAUGACUAAAUAUAUUGAAAUAAUGUAAUUAUGAUGAAUGGAAUUUAAGAGACUGAAUGUGUUUUAAUAUUAAUUUUCACGUUUUCAUCGUAAAGCAUUUGAAAUUAUUUCAAGCUAUUUAAAUGAACUAAGAAUAUUUAAAUUUCUGUACAUUAUGUAUUAGAUUUGAUUAGAAUCACUAUAUUAGAUUUUUCCUAAGAUGUUGAUAUGUAUCAUUGUUAUAUAAAUGAUACAUAACAAACAAAAGUAAAAUGUUUUUAGCUUAAAAAAUAUGACGUUAUAGUUUUUGAAUUUAAUUAAAUAAUGCAAAAUUUUUAAUUGUAUAUUUUAAAUGUUAUAUCUUAGUAAUUUGUGUAGAAUAAAAUAUUUGGUAUUUAAGUGUAACAAAGUAGGAUAUCGUAUUUCAUACAUAUAAGCUGAGUCGCCAAAGACUAGAAACUAAAAUACCUUAGUUGUUUGUAGUAAAAAUGUACAAAAAAUGUAUAAAAAAA